CCGCCCUCUGCUAAGCCAGAGCGAGCGCCGGUUUAGAGAGCUAGUAGGCUGCUGAGCCGAGUGGCCGGUCGGUGGGGAUGGGCUGGUGUUAGCGGUUGGAUUCGGAUCGGGUUUCCCCUUCGCCAUGUAGUGCUGGCUACGGGCGCUUUCCUCUUGCCUCGUCGGGUGGAUCCGUUCCAGAGCAGCGCGGCGGGGACCAUGCGGAGAGCCCCGGCGCCUGGGCUGCUGCUCCCGCCGCCGUCCCCGCUACUGCUUUUCGUCGGGCUUCUGGUACUGGACAGGGGCUGCACGGCGCAGUUCUCCAGCGAUUUGUGCAGCUGGAAGGGGAGUGGGUUAACACAUGAGUCUCACAGAAAAGAUGUUGAACAGGUCUACCUCCGCUGCUCUGAAGGAGCAAUAGAAUGGAUGUAUCCCACAGGAGCGCUGAUAGUCAAUCUACGACCCAGUAUUGUAUCUUCCUCUCCCAGACAUUGGACUGUCUGCAUAAAGCCCUUCAAGGACUCCGCAGGAGCAAAUAUUUAUUUGGAAAAAACUGGAGAAUUAAAACUGCUGGUCCAAGAUGGAGAUCACAGCCCUGCUAAAGUGCAUUGCUUCAGCUUUGAUCAGGGUGGUCUCUUUGUCGAGGCCACUCCUCAGCAGGACAUUAGUCGGAAGAUUACAGGCUUCCAGUAUGAACUAAUAAACAAGGGGACGGCAUCUGAUUUGCACAUGGUUUCUGCUCCCUGCCGACCUUGCAGUGACACAGAAGUGCUCUUGGCUGUCUGCACUAGUGACUUCGUUGUCAGAGGUACCAUCCAAAAUGUAAUCAAUGAGGAGGAACAGCAAGAUUCCAUCAUACAAGUGAGUGUGAAUAGAAUCUACAGGCAGAAGACCAAGAUCUUCAAGUCUGCAGAGGAGAGUGAUAGGUGGCAAGGACAGAUCAAGACCCUGCUGCAAUGUGGGGUGAGACCAGGAGAAGGAGACUUCCUCUUCAUGGGCCGCAUGCACUUUGGGGAGGCCAGGCUAGGCUGUGCUCCUCGUUUCAAAGACUUCCAAAGGAUGUACAAAGAGGCCAAGGACAAAGGGCUAAAUCCAUGUGAAAUUGGCCCAGACUGAAAUGGCAUUCCUCAACUGUUGGUCACUCCUGGGGCUCAGCCAGAACUAAUUCUUAGUUGCUGCAGGUGUGCUGAUCUAAAUGGAACUAACAACUGAGAGUGGAACAAUCUGAUGUUAGGAGUGAAUGUUCUCCUUUUUUGGGAGGCCCUUAAGACAUGACUGGAUGAGCAUCUAUCAGGGAGGGUUCAAGUCUAGGGACUCCUGCUGCUGCAGGAGGCUGGACUCCAUGAACCUUGAGGUACCGUACAUGAUCUUAUUAAAUACAAGAACCACACAAGCCAAUCCUUGUGGCCAGUAGCACUAUUACACUAAUGGAAGUGACUGAGGUACGAAUUAAAUCACCCAAGGCUGGAAUUCAAUCCCACAUCUUGUCCACAUGAACUAAAUUAUUAUUUUUUGUAAUUUGCUUAGGAAAAUGACGAAAGAAGAAUUGCAUCACAAUCUCCAUGUCUUAAAAAUAUCAAUCGAUCGAUGAAACUUUGUAUCUUUGUAAUACUAAUGUUUAAAAUGUGUUAAGCAGAUGUAGCAUUUUUGCAUGGUAUAAAAGGACAACAGCAUGGUAGAAGCCGGUGAAACCAUCUUAACAUUGAUGCUUUGUAAAAAGCUUGGUGUACAAUAUUGAAAUUGUUUCUUAUGACAGAAAUUUAUGGAACCAAACACUUGCUUUCCUUUUAAAAUUUUUUUAAAAGAAUGUACAAUUGCCGCCUGCAAUUUUUGCUCAGGCUGGUGAGUUGUUUCCAGAGAAAUAAAAAGUUCCUGGAUUUGA